AUGUCAUCACUUGACGGCAAGGUCUAUGCGUUCACUGGUGGUGCCAGUGGGAUCGCCUUUGCAACCGCCAAAAUCCUCGCGAGGCGCGGAGCCACGAUCUGCAUCGCCGAUAUCGACACGGAAGCAAUGAGGGAGGCAGAAAUCUACUUCCAAGAACACAAAAUUCGCUUUUCUAUCAACAAAGUGAACGUUGCUGUCCGGAGCCAGGUAGAUGAUUGGAUAGACGGCAUCGUGAAGCAGUUCGGACGUCUGGACGGUGCGGCAAACGUUGCGGGCGUCAUCGGCAAACACCACGGCACACGCCCUGUCGCGGAACUAGAUGACGACGAGUGGAACAAGAUUAUCGCCGUCAAUUUGACAGGAUGCAUGUAUUGUAUGCGGGCCGAGCUUCGAAACAUUGUUGACGGCGGUUCCAUCGUCAACGUAUCUUCGAUCCAUGGGCUCAGAGGAUUCGCGAAUCACGGAGCGUACGAUGCCAGUAAGCACGGUAUGAUUGGCUUGACGAAAGCCGCGGCCAAGGAGAAUGGCGCGCGCGAAGUGAGGGUGAAUGCCGUGGCGCCGGGCGCUAUAUUCACACCAUUGAUGGAGAAGAAUUGGAAGGCUGCUGGACGGUCGCUGGACGCACCGUUCGACGAGCCGACGGCGUUUCAACGGCAAGGAACCUCCGAAGAGUGUGGUAAUGUCCUAGCCUUCCUGCUCGGCCCCGAAAGCACAUUUGUGAGCGGGUCCGUGUAUGAGGUGGACGGAGCAUGGCUGUGA